CGCGGGCUCUUCUCGAGUUAAAAGCCAAACCUCGCUCCCUUGUCUAUAUCUCCCUCCAAAAUUUCUAGGGUUUUCCCUCCUAGAUCGAGGUUUCCAGUCCUCAUUCCCCUAACUUCUAAUCCAGUUUUGGUCCAAUUGAGAAUUUUUAGAGUUCUUCCUCUCCUCCGCGAUGGAGAACGCCGCCGUCGCCUCGGAGACGUCCGUCCGCCGUCCGAAGAGGGGUAGGGUUUUGGAGUCCUCUGACGGAGCGCCGAGCAAAUCGAGCGGCUCGGUUGGGGAGAUGCCUGACCAGAGCCCUACUGAUGGGGACCAGGGGUCCGGCGGUGACGGAUCGUUCGACGGACUCGACGAUCCCGCCCCCAAGGCUAAGAGGAAGCGCGGGGCUGCGGUUCGGGCCGCCGGGUGGAGGGAAGAUCAGAGCUUGAUCGACAUUAUUAAAUCUAAUGGGAAGCUAAUAAACCAUGCUGUCAAACAAUGGGUCGAGCGAUACGAAGCAGAUCCCAAAUCUGCAAUGGUUGAGAUUCUAAUGAUGCUGUUUGAGGCCUGUGGCGCCAAGUACCAACUUGAUGCGGGUUCCCUUGAUGAGACUGAUGUAGAUGAUGUAGUUGUGGCUCUUGUUGAGCUAGCUAAAAAUGGUGAAGUGGAAGAUUAUUACAACUCAAAACAAAAAGACCUCAAAAACUUUAAGGAAAAUCUUGCAUCAUUUUGGGACAAUUUGGUUCUUGAAUGUCAGAAUGGGCCAUUAUUUGAUAAGGUCUUGUUUGAGAAAUGCAUGGAUUAUGUAAUUGCAUUGUCAUGUACUCCUCCAAGGAUCUACCGUCAAGCAGCCUCAUUGGUUGGCCUCCAGCUUGUCACUUCCUUUAUAACUGUAGCUAAAACACUCAGUGCGCAGCGUGAAACUACUCAAAGACAGCUGAAUGCUGAAAAGAAGAAGCGGAAUGAUGGACCUCGUGUGGAGUCUCUCAACAAAAGGUUAUCUCUGACUCAUGAAAAGAUAACUGUGGCAGAGGAGAUGAUGCGCAAAAUAUUUACAGGGUUAUUUAUGCACAGAUACCGAGAUGUUGAUGCAGAAAUACGGAUGUUAUGCAUCAAAUCUCUUGGUAUCUGGAUUGUAUCAUAUCCAUCACUUUUCUUGCAGGACUUAUACUUAAAAUAUCUAGGUUGGACACUAAAUGACAAGAGUGCUGCGGUGAGAAAAACUUCGGUCCUUUCUCUGCAAAGUCUUUAUGAGGUGGAUGAUAAUGUGCCAUUGCUUGGGCUUUUUACUGAGAGAUUUUGCAACAGAAUGAUCGAGCUUGCUGAUGACAUCGAUAUUUCUGUGGCUGUAUCAGCCAUAGGACUUCUGAAACAACUACUGAGACAUCAGCUUCUAUCAGAUGAUGAAUUGGGUCCUUUAUAUGAUUUGCUCAUUGAUGAACCACCCAUGAUUAGGCGUGCCAUUGGAGAAUUAGUAUAUGAUCACUUGAUUGCACAAAAAGGUGGCGAUAAUGAGUCCUCUGAGGUUCAUCUGGGAAGAAUGCUACAAAUUUUACGAGAAUUUCCUGAUGAUCCAAUCCUGAGUGCAUAUGUCAUUGAUGAUGUUUGGGAUGACAUGAAGGCCAUGAAAGAUUGGAAGUGCAUCAUAUCUAUGCUCCUUGAUGAGAAUCCAAUGAUUGAACUUACUGACGUCGAUGCAACCAACCUGGUUCGACUGCUCUAUGCAUCUGCCAGGAAAGCUGUUGGAGAAAAGAUUGUUCCUGCUACAGACAAUCGAAAGCAGUAUUAUACUAAAGCUCAGAAGGAAGCAUUGGAAAAUAGUAGACGAGAAAUAACUGGUGCCAUGAUGAAGAACUAUCCGCAGCUUUUACACAAAUACAUAGCUGACAAAGCAAAGAUUUCACCUUUGGUUGAGAUUGUAUUACUUUUGAAACUUGAGCUUUAUUCUUUGAAAAGGCAGGAGCAGAAUUUUAAGACUAUUCUGGAACUCAUAACCGAUGCUUUCUUCAAACAUGGUGAGAAGGAUGCUUUGAGAUCGUGUAUUAAGGCUAUCAAUUUCUGUUCUACUGAAAGUCAAGCCGACCUGCAAGAUUAUGCACAAAAUAAACGGAAGAAUCUUGAGAAUGAGCUGAUAGUAAAGCUAAAAUCUGCAAUGAAGGAAGUAGCGGCGGGUGAUGAUGAAUACUCCCUUCUGGUUAAUUUGAAGCGGUUCUAUGAGCUUCAACUGACAAAAUUUGUUGCAAGUGAUGGCUUAUAUGAAGAUAUGGCCAACAUCCUCAGGGAUCUGAAAGAUAUGGAUAAUGAGGUAAAAAGCUUUCUUCUUCUCAACAUGUAUCUGCAUGUAGCAUGGUGUCUGCAGUCUCUGGAUAGUGAAAAUCCUGCAGAAGCAUCUGUUACUGCACUUUUGUUAAAGCGAAAUACACUGUUUGAUCAACUAGAAUACUUCACUGAGACCCUGCCUGAAGUUCAAAAGGAGGGAAGAAGUUGGGGUGUGCUUUCCUCAAGAGUUUGUAUCAUACUAGCAGAGAUGUGGUGUCUAUUCAAAAAGUCAAAGUACUCUUCCACAAGGCUGGAAAGUCUAGGAUAUUGUCCAGAUUUGUCUUUCCUUCAAAAAUUUUGGAGCCUUUGUGAACAGCAGCUGAAUAUUUCAGCAGAUGAGACCGAAGAUGAAGAUGCAAAUGAAGAAUACAUUGAAGAGACCAACCGAGAUGCAGUUAUGAUUGCGGCUGCAAAGUUGGUAGCCACUGAUGCAGUUCCUAAGGACUAUCUUGGUCCAGUGAUUAUUUCACAUUUUGUGAUGCAUGGAACAAGCAUUAUGGAAAUAAUCAAGCAUCUGAUUACAGUUCUAAAGAAAAAUGCCAAUGAUGACAUCCCUACUAUUUUUCUGGAGGCAUUAAAAAGGGCCUAUCAGCGGCAUGUAGUAGAUCUUUCCAGGAGUGAUAAUGAAUCCUUGGCAAGCAAGUCCUAUUCGGAUUGUAAGGAUCUGGCUGCCCGGCUCUCGGGAACAUUCAUGGGUGCAGCUCGCAACAAGCAUAAAUUAGAGAUCCUAAAAAUAGUCAAGGCUGGUAUUUCAUUUGCUUUUGAGGAUGCUCCAAAGCAGUUGUCAUUUUUGGAGGGAGCUGUCCUUCCAUUUGUGUCAAAACUUCCCACAUCAGAUGUCUUAGACAUCCUGAAAGAUGUUGAGAAGAGAUCAGAGAAUGUAAACACAGAUGAAGAUCCCAGUGGCUGGCGCCCCUACUUUACUUUUGUUGAGCACUUACACGAGAAAUACGUGAAGAAUGAUGCUUUGCAAGAUGAAAAAGAAGGGAAGGCCGGAAAACGCAGGGGCCGUCCAAGGAAGGCAAGAAAUCUGCAGGGCAAGAAACUUUUUGAAGGGCAUACUUCAAGUGAAGAAGAUUCUAUUAGCGAAUCAGAUCAAAAUGAUCGAGAUGAAGAAGAUGAAGAAGAAAGACAGCCUCUAAUACAUGCAUUCAGGUCUUCUGCAUCCAAGCUCAGAUCAAUGAGAGUUUCGCAGCAGGAUGCCAGUGGUCAAGCAGGAACUUCUAGGACUAAAGGAAGCAAUGUCUAAUUAGGACUACUUUGGUAGAGAGAAUUAUUGGGAUUUGCAAGCUAUUCAUGGAGUGGUGGUGGCAUGACGCAAGUGCUGUCUGCAUCAUUUGCAUCUGCUGUGGUUUCACACCCUUUGCAUUGUGGCUAGGAACUAAUCAUGUUGUAUGGUUUCACGUCAUCUCUGGAUUCCUUGCGUGCAUGUAUAUAUGUUCAAAGCUCUUCCCCUUUUUUUUGCCCCUUUUUCCUUGUUUUUUCUUUUGGUAGGGGUUGGAAUGUUUAGAACUCUUUUUGGUCUAUGGGAGUGGAAACCUGAAUCAUGCUACUUACAGUGUCUCUCACAACAAUGACCCGUUUGGAUCAUGUAGUUUGAGGCAAAUCCAAAACCCCAAUGUUGGGUGAAAAAAGCUAAGAUGUUUGAUUCAA